AUGCCUGUUCGUCGAGCAGGAGAGGCGCAUCGUGCGCUGGAACAGCUUGAAGAAUAUCACGCUUCGCUGGUGAGCGCCAGCUCCGCAGAACUGAAGCGAGAAAUCGAAAAACUGAUUAACAAUUUCAAAGGAGCACUCUUUCAGUCGUUGAUUGAUAUACAAGAACUGUAUGAAGAUACACUGCUUAAUGAGAGAAAAACGAUUGCGCAGAAGGCGUACGAAACGCGUAAAAUUGCUGAACGAUGGGAAACAAAUCCGCCAUUUGGACGAGUCACUGCUCCGCUUGCCUCACUGGUAAUCUUUACUUUCCAAAAGCCACAAAAGUUUUUGUUAUUCGCCUUCAGUUAA